GUAGAGGUCUUGGCCACACCCCAAGGACACCCCCUCCCCUCCUGCCCAGCUGCGGUCCUUGGCUCGCCAGGGGAACUGGUUCCCGGCAUAGGCGGUGCUGGGGGCAGAGGCCAAGGCUGGAGCUAGGCUGAGCCAGCCCAUGCGCACCCCAGGCCAGUGCUGCGGUCACCCAGAGCAGUCCGAGGGGAGAGGAACAGGAAAGGAAUCAUUUAGACUUAUCCUCCCAUCUUCCAGCCUCAGUUUCCCUCUUUGACAAAACCAAGUCAUAAAUAUCUCCUCCCAUCUCCUUCAAAUCCCCAAACUGCUUCCAACUCACAGCAAUUCUCCUGCCUCAACUUUUCCAGUGCUAGCAAGACACGUGAGCGGCACCCUUACAAAGGGGAGGAGCAUUUGGCUUGUUUUAAAUGUUUGGGGGGCUGCUCCUGGCACAGAGCUGCACCUGGGAGAGGGACUUCAGGGUCCCAAGCUGGACACACAGCCCUUGACCGUGACCCAAGCCUCGACCUUCUCGAUGCUGUUCGCCUGUGUUCCCGCCAAGGCCCGUGGGCGGCGCGCGAGACGGCUAUAAGGAGCAUCCCUGCGUGCUGCCUCCCGCCACCAUGCGCGUGCCGUUGCUACUGCUGCUCCUGGCUCUGGGGUCCGCGCUGCGCUCCCCGCAGCCCCCUGAGGCGCGCGCCAAGCUCUGUGGCCACCACCUAGUGCGCGCGCUGGUGCGGGUGUGCGGCGGCCCUCGCUGGUCGCCCGAGGCCACGCAGCCUGUGGAGACCCGGGACCGGGAGCUGUUGCAGUGGCUGGAGCAACGACAUCUUCUGCACACGCUGGUGGCCGACGCGGACCCAGAGCUUGACCCGCAGCUGCUUCGCCAGGCUUCUCAGCGCCAGCGCCAGCGCCGCAGCGCAGCCACUACCGCUGUGCACCGCUGCUGUCUCACUGGCUGCACGCAGCAAGACCUGCUGGGUCUGUGUCCCCACUGAAGGGGCAUAGGGCUCAAUUGGUGCGUCCUCAAUUGCUCCUCACCUCCCGGCUGUGUCACUGCAAACCCCGGGUUGCCUUGGAGGGUCCCUAGGCAACUCAUGGAUUGCAGAAACCAGGGCCACAGGAUCCCCAAGGAUCCCCAUCAUGACCUGUGGCCACCUCCUUCCUGUGUCCCCAACAGUCUAAAUAAAAAAGCAACUCUA